AUGGGUUCGAUCUACCGAAAUGCAACGCUAGUCAUUGCCGCUUCGGACUCCCCAGACUGUAGCCACGGGCUCUUCUAUAAGAGGGUGUCUUCACACAUUUUGGAAGUGCCACUUCCUGGUGCAAGAGCUGCAGCAAAGCUCUAUGUCAGACCUCGGAGAGAACGUUAUUAUCCACGUAAGGAGACAAGUAGAACGCAUAUAGAACGGCUCACUAGAUUCUUGGGUGCAACUGACGGAUUUGAAAGUCCCUUCGAUGGCUCGACCAGAUGGUUUGACGCUCUUGGUCGCCGUGGAUGGGUCUAUCAAGAGCAUAACCUUGCCUGCAGGAUUGUGCAUUUCACGAGGAGUGAACUUGGGUGGAGUUGUUCCUGCAUCGAGACGUGUGAAUGUACUAUAGCAGAAACCGCAAUGCGAACAUCAGAUGUCGCUGGGGGAAGGCCGCCCCGUCUUGGCAGCCAAGUUUUCUCCCACAGUUGGGAGAAAGACGUCCGUGAGCGCUGGCGUGGCAUAGUCGAAGAUUACACCAAACUAAAACUUACGAAGGCGACCGACUUGCUUCCAGCGCUUGCUGGCAUUGCCUCCUCCAUCAUCGUAAAAGGCGACAAGUACCUCUUUGGCCUCUGGCGCAGCGGUAUCGAGCUGGGGGAUCAUCUUUGCUGGUAUGUGCGCGACCCCACUCGGGAUCGAGGCCUCCCAAUAGGCUAUGCCCCCAGUUGGACCUGGGCAAGUGUCUAUGGCUCAAUCUUGUUCCAGUUAUUCUUUGAGUGGGACAGCCACCGCUUCACGUAUGAGUUCGUGGACUGCUCGUUCUAUCCCUCCUCUGCUAAUCCCUUCGGUCCCGGCUCCGGGCAUCUACGAUUGAGGGGAUCGCUCAUACCGAUCCACAUCAAUGACGAAUGUGGAUUCUACACUAAGGGUAGAGUCGAGUACAAAAUACUGGAAAAGAUGGCAUGUCUGCUAGAGGAGGGGAAAAUUUCAGACCCAAAUUUGUCAAAGAUCUGCUUUCCACCGCCGGGAGAGACGGAUUUAUAUGGAAAAACUAUUGGCGACCGCCCUGCAAUACUGCAAGGCGAGCUCAUCCCUGACACCUUCCCCUUUAACAUUGAGGAUAGUGACAUGGCUUUGUACUUCUUCAUUUUGGCAGAGACGGUCGAGGCUUACAGCGAAAUGUACAUACACAAGCCACGUGGUCUUAUUCUGCAAAAGGUCCAGAACCAGGGCGGAAAUUGCUAUCGCCGACUGGGCUGGGGUGAUUCAUGGGCUAAUAUGCCUACAGAGUGGUGGAAGACCUGUGGGGACUGCGAGAUGGUGGUUAUAAUUUGA